ACCCCCCCCUUUCCCGCGCUCUUCGCUCCCCUCCCGCAAGCCUCGACCGCAUUCGAUUUGCCGUCGAUGAGCCAACUCCGCCAAUUUCCUGUCUAUUUCUGCUCCUGUUGAUGCGGUUCUCUUUCACCUUCCUAACGAAUGUCGCUCAAUUAUGCAAAUAUGGAAGAGGAGGAGGUGGCUGUAAGUUGUCGAGAUGGAGCAUAUUCCAGACUUAAUUUACCGGAAAGGAUUUGUUUGGACACCCGAGAUGUUAUGGUCUUUCUGGAUGUUUAUAUUAACCGGGUUACCUGAGCAGACAGUGCUUAGAAUUCCUAUGUGCGACUUAUUCGACCCCUUCCUUUUCAUCAAGUUCAAGGCUGUUAUACUCUGCCAUCUCUUAUGGAACCUUACUCGGAAUCAAGAGGCUUGUUACUUCGUGUAGGAUUUAUGCGGUUUUGCUGCCUACUCCACGAUAGAUGAUUGUCCUCAUGGUUGGGAAUGGAGAAUGAAGUAUAAAUAUCUCUUAUUACCUACAAACAGAGCUUGUUGCUGUCGUUAACGGGCUAUCAAGUUGGUGAUCUAUGUGAUUGGUAGAGGAGGUGGUUCUGAUCAGACUUGUUCUGAUAUUCUCUUGUGCGGGUCUAUCGAAAAGAAUCUAUAAUUUUUAUAGAUCUCUCAAAGCUCCUAAAAUCCUGUGGUAAAAGCUGGAAAGUCCACUUUUUAAUGCUCUGGAUAUUGGUGCAAUUCUGCAAAGAAUGACUGAGUGGCCUAAACUCCAUGCCAAAGCUUCUGUUGAAGUGCGGUAUGGCGGCUUGGGGGUGUUGUUUCAACUCAAAUUAUCGCGGACUCGUUAUUUCGCAAACUAACUAACAUGAAAUUGCUUCGCUGGACGGAGCCAUGGGAAAUUAUUUUCCCUCAAUGCUCUGAUGAACCGUACUGUCACAAUGUCCGUAGGUGUUCAGUGCUUGUACAUUCCAUAUUAUUCAGGCAUAGCUUAGGUGGCAUAUCUUGAAGACAGAAUUCAUGUAUCUCUGACCAGUCAUUAAGAUUCUUCGAUCUUUUAACAUCAACAUAUCAUCCAUCAAGAGAAGAGAUGUUGAAAUCUAAUCGAUCAAGCCAUCUGGCGCCGCUGAUAACAAGGCUCCAAGGAUGGGGAUAUGAUAUCAGUGCAGUGAAACCCGUCGCUAAAGUAGUUGAGAAGUUGGAUUCAGCAACUCUAUCGCUCAUUGAAAGGCUAGUGCAUGAUCUCACUCAGCUGAACGGAUGCUCACAUGACUUGAGAAAUCAAGUUAACACGCUCACAGGUGAACGUGAUAUUGAGAAGCAGUUGCUGGAUCGUUUGCGGGGUGAAAAUCAACGUCUUCUGAGAGAAAAUUCGGAGCUUCGCGCUCAAGUGGAGAAGAGAGUUACUCCAGAAAUAGUUGCAGAGUGUCAGGUAUCUCCGUCUGGUCAGACUGGAGAGGAACAGGUCCAACAAUGGAGGGCACAGAGCAUACAUCAGCUUCAAGAGCUGGAGAUUAUGAACCAAGCGUUAAGAUCAACUCUCAAUCUUCAAACAUUCGCUCCUCCUACUGUGGAUGAGAAGGCAGCAGGGCAGAUGACCAUUUCCAAGCCUCUGGAACCACCAGCGGAGCCUGUUUCGCCACCUGCUCCUAAGCCGAAAUCAACAUCUGUUGAGAAUCAAAAAAAGCUAGAGCUAAUUCGAGUGGCAGAGACUCGUUGUAAGAAGGUGGAAGAAGAAUUGCAGAAGCUGAAAGAUGGACAUUCUGCUCUUCAAGAACAGCUCGCUUCCACUAAGCUGGAAAUUUCCUCUAAGAACCGUGAAAUUCAAGAACUUCAAUCUGCAAACAGAAAAGCUCUACUUAAUGAGGCUAAGGAACAUUUGUCUGUCUGCAAGGGGAUUUCCUUUUUGAGGUCGGACCUUGAAAGCAUCGCUUCAGAGCUUCUAUUUCUACAACAGAUACAUGAGAAAGAAAAAGAAGAAAACAGAUUGUCAUUCCCCAAUACAACAUUAGACCCUACCUGCAAGCAGCACAUAGAGUAUGUAUUGCGGGAGUCCAACUUGGAGCAGAAGGUGAACAGCAUAAAAGGCUUCAUUUCUAAUCUAGACCAGAAAGAGAAGGAGUUGGUCAAAGAUAUGAAUGGCCUUGAUACACAGCUGGGACUUGUCGAUUCUGAAAGAACGCAACUACGAAAUUUAUUGGAUGAAUUAAGCAAGGACUUUCCCUCAGGCAUCAUGGCUCUAGCAGUUAUUCCUGAGGAAAUGAGGAGAAAGCAUUUGGAACGCCCCAGCUUUCCACAGGACGAGGACAAGAGCAGUGCAGUUCAUCAACAAAGAUUUACAAAGAUGAUGUUAUCCAUCAAAGGGAAGGAGUCCAUACAACGAAGUUUGGAAAAGGUUGAGCAAUUGAAAGCUAAGUUGGAUGACCUGGAAUCCGCAAUGGUUGACCAUGAAACAACUGUAGAAGCACUCCGUGCAGAACUGAGCAAAAAAAAUGAACAACUGGGAUUCAUUACAGAUGAGAAGGUGGCGGGAGAGGAAGCACUAGCAGCCAGUCAACUCGAAUGCAAUCAGCUAGCCACUUUAAUUCGAGAAAUUGAUGGAAGCAUGGCCCAGCUGACCUCUGCACUUGCAGCUCGAACCGUGGAACGGGAUCGGACUUCGCAGGAGACAGAGGCACGUAUUACAGCUGAGCAAGAAGUCCAAAAAAAGUGCAACUCUUUGGUACGAGAGUUGGAGGAGAUUCGCUGGAAGUAUUCACAGCUUCAAGGAGAUCAUUCAGGGUGCAGUCGAAGUCGUGAGGAAAGCUCUUUGAAAGUUGCCGACACGACUUCACAAUUACAAUUGUGCAUGCGUCGAUUGGAAACUGCUGAAAGAGACGUUGAACAAUUGAAAACUCUUAUAACUCAACUAGAUUCUACCAGAGAAGAGCUGGUUGAUAAGCUGAAAAACACUUUUGCGGAUCAGCAGAUGGCUGAACAACGUGUUGCAGCAAUGGACAUGGAGAUACGUAGGUUGUCCCAGGAUUAUGCAGAGAGGACGGGAGAGGUUAAUCAUCUCUGCGGGUUACUAGAUGCCGUAGGCAAGGAGCGCGACCAUCUGCAAAUAGAGGCGAGCGCACAAGCAGAGAGAAUUAUACAAAUGAACGACGAAAACGGGCAACUCCAAACUGAAAUGCAUUUUGUGAAGCGUAACCUGCAAACAGCUGAGCAUAGGCUUCAAUCGGGGCAGAAUCUGAUCCAACAAGCUGAAGCAGAGAUUGUUUCCUUGAAGUCUCAGUUAUCCAUGGAGGAAGACACCAAGAAGAACCUCGAUGAACGAUUAGGCACUAAGACUUCCCAGCUAAAUGCAAUCAAAGAUCUUCUCCAAGUAUCAAAUUCCGACAUCCAAAUGCUCAAGACAGAGAUUCUUCAGGUUGUAGCUGAGCGUGAGAAUGUCCUGAACGAGUUGCGGGAUGUGAAUUCUAAGCUACAAUACUGUGAACAGAUGCUGUGUGUAAAGGAGAAGGAAGAAGGGGAAAUCAUGAAGAUGUGUAGGGAUCUAUCUGAAGAAAACCAACAAUUGAGAGUGCAAAUUGUGGACCGUGACAAUCAGUUGCAAAGUCAGCGUUACCAAGUUCAGAGCUUAGAGGAGGCUUUCCAACGGUCACAAGCUCAAGUGAAGACGUUAGAUGAUGAAAAUCUACGUUUCAAUUCAGAUUUAAAAGCAUUGGAGAGGCAAGGAGACUUGAUGUCACGAUCGCUUGCUCAACAAUCUGGUCUUUUGAAUGACUAUCAAAAUGAAAAAGUUGCAUUGAUGGGUCAACUCAAUGCAAUGAAAGGGGCAACAGCAGAUCUGGAGGCAAAGAAUUCAGCUGCUAAAAGAGAUCUAGCUGCAUUGGAGGCAAAGCAGCAGCACGUCAACGAUAUGUUUGCUGAAAGUCAAAAGGAGAGGGAAGCAAUCACAUCAAGAUAUGAGCAAGAACAUGAAAGAGUGCGAGAGUUAGAGCAAUUGCUUACCUGCUUGCGUGCUCAAGAACAUCACUUAGAGUUGGAGAGCAAGGAAGCUGGCACAAAGAUUGCAAUGAUGCGUGAUCGUCUUAUUUCUUUGGAGGAUCAGGUACAAACAUUACAGAUUACCAGAGAUGCGCAAAACCAAGAGAUUAUGAGGCUGCAGGCUAGCCUAAAUACCAAGGAGACGGAAGAAAGAUUACGAGGUCGCCCUGUUGCCUCUUCCCCAUCCUUGUCAAGUCAUUCUAUGGACAUGCAAUUUCAUCAAAAUGCUGCUGAUAUUGCUGGUUCAAAGGCAAAGAUUCAUGACCUGGAAAUGAAGAACUUUUCACUUACAGGAGACCUUUCGAAGACGGCAAACCUCUACAAAGACUGUUUCUCUCAGUUACAGAAGGCAGAAACACAAAACUUGGAAGUGAGGAGGGAGUACGAUCAUGCGAUUUCGCUUCUAUCGAAGGUUGAUGAAGACAGGGUACAGCUGCAGCGAAAGUGUUUAGAGUUGGUUGCAGCAGCAGAUCGCGCACAUCAGCAGAAGUCAUGCACCCCCACGCACAGGGACUCUAAGCAAGCUGAUGCGUCCAGGGACAUCGACGCUUUGCAGAAGGAAUGUCAUCGGCUGAAGCAAGAGAGCAACCUGACAUCAACUUCUAGCGAAUCCAGUCGACUCGCUGGGAGCUGGCAAUGAGAUCAACGUAUGGUUGCCCUCUCUGAAGUUAGGCAUGGAUGUGCAGAAAGUUUGAAAGCAUCAUCAUUGAACGCACUUGCUGUUUGCAGGACCUGAUUCAAACAUCCUGAAUGUAAGAAGAGCUCCUGACUAAUUUCUCCCGACAGUGUAUGCGCUUCCUCUCCCCGGAUAUACCAUGAGCUUGCAAGCCAACAGAUAACAACGGCGGUGCGCUUGAGUAAGACGAAUCAAUUUCCUGGCUCCUUGGGGCGCCUACAAAGAACCAGUGCGCGGAAUGUGUUGCAUACAAAGAACCAGUCGUAUCCUAUGUAGCAUCAGACGUCGUGUCCCUCACCAAAAGACAUGGUCUGUUCAAUGAGAGAAUUAACUGUCAUCAUUGCCAGAGUCAGAUGCUGAUCCACUACAAGCCAUUACUUCUACAUUCGACUGUGAGGAGGCACACGAAUGGUCUACUGCGGAUAUGUUUGCAGGAGAUGUAAAAUAUUCAAGAUUUUGCAAGAAGUCAACAGCUUGGAAGGUCAUUCUCGACUUCACAUCUGAGUUUCACAUUGUAUACCCUUCUCACUCAACCACUGAUCGUCAGUUUUGAUAGUUGUGGCUGAACACACAUGGUGACGUUAGCGCGUAAAAAAAAGAACUUAAUAGAGGAUGGUGAAACUAUUAGUUAAGCAUAGCUUUAUUCUCCCUGGUUCAGAAGACCCUGGCAUCCUCAGAAAAGUAGUCUUCCCUUCAGGAAGAUGUUCACCGAAGUCGUGAACACGUGCACCAUUUCGAUUGAUUAUCGCAUCAGUCCAAGAGCUAUGUGUUCAUAUAGAAAUUGUCACAUACUCUAACAGAAGUUGGCACAGGCAUCUCAACAAUGGACACAUCCGUGUGAAAGUUUAUUAUGAAGUAGUUUUUUUGCA